CGAGAACUUGAAUGUUGUAAUCUCGGGUACGAGGCUGAAGUUCCGUGCCUCGGCCAGAACAGGCCAUCGUAAUGAAGUGCUCCGCCGUACCUAAGCCCUUACUCUUAGGGUCGAGCUUUGCCUGCAACACGCAGAUUCAGGGUGCAACUCGGCCUAGGGAGCCCCUACCACUGGCACUGGCACUGGCACUGGCACUGGCACUGCCCCUGCCCAGCAGCGAAUUAAUAUGCCCAGAGACUCGUUACGCGGCAGUGGAAUCCAUCUUCGUCUUCUCCAAACCCGUUUAUCAACUCUCGCUCGUUAUUAGCCAAAAGCCGCUCAGCUUUGGGUACAAUUUUGUUAUUCCUGCAGAUGACACUCACGCCGUCUCACACUUGCACGACCCAAGGGAAAACGAGGCUCCACCAAGACACCAAGACACUUCAACCCGUUCAAAUCCAUUCGUUGUGACCGGGUCUCACUACCAUCUGUCCUUUCCUCACCCCCCCCACGGCUGACCCUACCUGGUGACCCUGAACCCUUCCCUCCUCCACCGCAUGGAUGUCAACAUAUGACAGCAGCGACUCAAAUGCUGGCGACAUCGUCUUCACUCCUUCCGGCACAGAGUCACCUCUCCCUUCUCUCAUCGGCCCUUCGAAGCCCUCUGCGCGCCCAAAAAGUCCCCUUGGGCUAUCCUUAACACCAUCCACUGUUCGAGACAGGUUACCGCCGGAUCGGCAGCACGAGCGGAUUCAUUUCGAUGAAGAGCGGGAUUCGGGCUCUUCUGACGACGAGAUGGCGGUGAAGCCUUCAAUGCACCGGCCGUCAGGCCCGCAGGCACACCUACCACUUCUGGGCGAAGAUAAAGUCUUCCGUGGGAGACCACAGAGCCCACGGCUGCCUGGCACGAGCAGAUCUCCGUUCGCAUCACGAAGGAGCACAUUUCGGUCCAGGUCGCCGACUUACGUUCAGCCUGAAGACGUGGUGCGGCGAAAAUACAUCUAUGCUUCGUUCUUCCUGAUCUUGUCCCUGGUGUCUUUUGUGGUCCAAACCGAGACAGCGGUGUACAUCCAACACGAACUGAAAUGGGACAAGGCCUAUUGCAUGAUGUAUUUGACUCACGGGUCCUGGAUCUUUUUAUGGCCGGUGCAACUUCUGAUCAUCCGGAUUCAGAAGCGGAAACUGUCCUGGGCUGCAUUCUGGCGCCGGCAUAUGUUUCUGUUAAGGUCUACUGCCCAGAUGGUCCAGUCUCAAGAACUCUAUCUUUCUCCCGCGGCGGCAUCUGUCUCCCCAUGGCCAUACAUGCUCAGAGCAACGGCUUUCAUCACCACCUUCCUCACAAUGGCCGGCGGAUCGUGGUACGUGGCUGUCAAUUUGACGUCGCCUUCCGACUUGACCGCGAUCUACAACUGUUCGGCCUUCUUUGCCUAUGUCUUCUCGAUCAUGCUUCUGAACGAUAAACUUCGCCUCGACAAGGCCAUUUCGGUCGGUCUAGCCAUUAUUGGUGUGCUGGUUGUUGCCUACGGCGACUCAGAUGAUUCGACUCCCGGGCCGGGAACGUCUAACCCCGGUGCGGAACAGGGGUUUGGGACGAAACUGAUAGGCAAUAUUAUCAUCGGCAUCGGAUCCGUUGCAUACGGCUUUUACGAAGUCCUCUAUAAACGCUACGCAUGUCCACCGGAAGGCACCUCUCCAGGUCGAGGGAUGAUCUUCGCAAACACCUUCGGCAGCAUGGUUGGACUUUUCACCCUCACCGUGCUUUGGAUCCCUAUACCAAUCCUGCAUAUCACUGGAAUCGAGCGUUUCGAGUUGCCCAGCGGUCAGGCGGCGAGGCUUCUGGCCAUCUCCACACUCUCCAAUGCCGUCUUUUCCGGUUCUUUCCUCGUCCUGAUGUCUCUGACAUCUCCUGUUCUCAGCUCUGUCGCAGCUCUGCUGACGAUAUUCCUCGUCGGCAUCACCGACUGGCUGAUUACGGGUAAGCCACUCAGUCUGGCGUCACUGGCGGGCGGUGCAUUGAUCAUCGUCGCAUUCCUGAUGUUGAGUUACGCAACGUAUAGAGAGAUGAAGGAAGACGAAAUCAAGAGAGAGGCCGAUUCGGACAAGGAGUUUGAGCCUGACGACGAGGACUUUAUGCCCGAUGAUGACGUCGGAGAUGAGCUCGGCCGACCCAAGCGGAGAGCCAGCGAUGAUUGAAGUCGAAUAGUUGUUUAGCGAGCGGAUGCCAGGCGCCGCCUGGUGUUUCGGAAGGCGCCUCGCAUGGCGUGGCAUUGUGCUGGAUUUUGCAUAGAGGAUACCCCUUUGGGGAGGCGCACUGAUCUUCAAAUCGCGCCUCAAUAACGUUCAGGCGGAUGCUAGACAUCUGCUAUGUCUGCUUAGUUUAAUGUAACUUCGAAGCCUAUGGCAGAACCAAUUGAAGACAGGUGGCCCUGGUCUGCCGGUCCAGAAGCACGCUGUGCUAGUACACUACCUAGAAGUGUCGUGGAAACAUAUGCCGUUACCAUGUUACAAACAGGGUUGUCAUUACGUGUUUCAUCUCGUCGCUACUAAGUCGGCUCUGUCUAUCCUACGGAUGCGUGGAAAACCCUCGUCAACUUAAUGCCAUGGGAUGGAAGGUCAUUCAAUGCGCUGCCAGUGCUCCAAAAAC